UGGUUUAAGUUGUAAUUAUGAUUAUCAGUACUAUCAAAUACUAUCUAGCUGUGGUAUCAGCUUUGAUGUGAUUCAUCAGACAAAAACAAAUAGUGUUAUCUAAUUCUGAUACUAUUUAUUGGCCAAUAAUAAUAAUAAUAAAAUCGUAAAAAAAAAUGAUUGAAAAGUGUUACUUUUUAAUUUUGUUUAGUUAGACACCUAAUUUAUUUUAAGAUUUACACGGAAUUAAUAUUUAUUUCGUGUUACAAUGAAUAUUUUAUUUUUUCGUCUAAAUAACUUAGUCUGAACUUAUAUAAUCUAGUAUCUAUUUAUUUUUUGAUUUAUAAAUACAAAAAAUAAUAAAAGUACAAAAAUGGGAAUAUUUUUUGGGAAACCUAAAACUAGCAGAAUCACAGACUAUGAUCGAGCAGUUUUACAAAUGAAACAACAACGUGAUACUUUAAAGCGCUAUCAGCUAAGAGUAGAAUUAUUAUUGGAUAAAGAGAAAGAACUUGCAAAAAAAUUAAUUAAAGAAAACAAAAAAGAAAAAGCAAAACUUCUUUUAAGAAAAAAGAAGUACCAAACAGAACAAUUAGAACGAACUGAAGCAGCUUUAGAUACUGUUGAAAAAUUAAUUCAAGAUUUAGAGUAUACUCAAAUAGAGUCUAAGGUUAUUGAAAGUCUUAAAAUUGGAAAUAAUGCUUUAAAAAAAGCUAAUGAAUUGUUGAAUGUUGAAGAAAUUGAACAGUUGUUGGAUGAAACAAGAGAUGGAAUUGAAAAACAAAAAGAAAUAACUGAUUUGCUAAGUGGAGCCUUAUCAAUUGAAGAAGAAAUAGCUGUUGAAACUGAAUUAGAAGAAUUAAUUUCUUUGGAACAUCAAAAGAUCAUUGAUAAAUUACCUGAUGUACCAUCUAAUCAUUUACCAACUAUAGUGACAGAUACCAAAGUGGAAGAAAAAGAAUCACCAAAGAGAAAAAUAGCUGUAGAAAUUUAAUAGUUUACUCAUGUUAUCAAGUUUCAAGAAGUUAAUUUGUACAAUAUUUUAUGACUUUUAUACAUCUGUCUUUAUUAUUCUUAGUUUUUCUUUUAGUUUUGUAAUAUUUUUUUAUAUUUUAUUUUAAUCUGUUGUAUUUUACUAAAUAUUUUGAAGAAAAAAGGUAAUACUUUUAAAAAAUGGUUCACUUUUUUUAUAGAAUACCAAAAAUUGAUUAAAAAAAAAAUAAUAAUAAAAAACUUAUUUUUAUUUUGAA